UGACUGCAAAUCAAUGAAGCCAGUCAAACAAACGGGGCUGGGCAGUCCAAGUUGGGACAAUUCUCCGUGGAGGCUGUGGCCGAAUAGACGACGACAAUAAUGCUAUGUACCGCUAAUAUGUGCACACGCUACGGUUUCGGUCCUUUAGCGGAAUAAGGAGACGCAUUCACACUAUUUCUACACUUAGUUGCUGGAUUUGUAGCUUGAACAUUCACGCAUUUCAACUGAGGAUGAUUUUUGCCAAUACUGGGAACCCACUGAGGACACCGUAUCGCAAACAGCCCCCUGUACCCCCCUCGUCUCACCCGCCCAUGGCCCCCACCAGCCCCAGCACCACCAGCAGCGGAGGCAGCACGGCCGGCUGGGAACAGCUCAGCAAAACCAACCUGUACAUCCGCGGCCUGGUCCCCUCCACCACAGACCAUGACCUGGUCAAGCUCUGCCAGGCGUACGGCAAAAUCGUGUCUACAAAAGCCAUUAUGGACAAGACAACAAAUAAAUGCAAAGGAUAUGGUUUUGUGGACUUUGACAGCCCCGCUGCGGCUCAGAAAGCUGUGGCUGCCCUCAAGACGGCCGGUGUCCAAGCUCAGAUGGCAAAGCAACAAGAGCAAGACCCCACAAACCUGUACAUCUCCAACUUGCCUCUGUCGAUGGAUGAGCAGGAGUUGGAAAACAUGCUGAAGCACUUUGGUCAGGUCAUAUCCACCAGAAUCCUACGAGACUCCAAUGGAACCAGCAGAGGAGUAGGAUUUGCAAGGAUGGAGUCUACAGAGAAGUGUGAUGCUGUCAUUUCACACUUCAACGGAAAGUUUAUAAAGACACCUGCAGGCGUACCAGCACCUACAGAGCCGUUGUUGUGCAAGUUUGCUGAUGGUGGACAGAAAAAGAGACAAAGUCAACAUAAAUUCUCUCAGAAUGGCCGUGGUUGGGUGAGAGAUGGAGACAGCAGACUGGCCGGGAUGACGCUCACAUACGACCCGAGUGCAGCUGCUCUACAGAAUGGCAGAUUUUUCCCACCAGCGUACGGCAUCGCAAACAGGAUGAUUGCGCAAACGUCCAUGUCUCCUUACAUGUCCUCAGUUUCACCGUACCAGAUGCAGAGCCCGUCCUGGAUGCCCCAUCAACCCUACAUAAUGCCCCAUCCUGGAACAGUGAUAUCUCCCUCUAUGGACCACUCUAUGUCACUGCAGCCGGCCUCAGUGAUAACGCCUCUCACACAGCAGAUGAGCCACCUCACACUAGGAAACGCAGGAGCGUUUGUGGCAGCAAACACCCCUAUACAAGGAGCCUUCAUACCACAGUACACUCAAAUGCAGUCUACUCCUGUUUCAGUAGAGGAAAACGGUGCCCAGUCAGUGGACUCAUCUGGCAACCCUUCCCCAUACGCCUAUCAACAAACCAAGUAGUGCUGACAGUGAUUACAUUUGAAUUCAAGAUGCAACAAUCAAGUCUACACAUGCAAAGGAGCUGUCGCUGUUUUGCACAGGUUUUGCAAAACAUGUUUUCAAAAUUGUACAGAGUUUUAUUUUGAUACAAGAAACGUUUAUUUUUUACAAAGGCUCAUCACACAGUGGAUCAUGUAAUUAGUGUGUAUAGUGCAUGAAAGACAAUGUUGUUUUCUUUUUUCAGGUGAUCUGAACUUUUGUGCUUGCUGUGUGAGUGUUGCUAUGGUGAUGUGUUUUGUCUUUUACUUUCUUUUUUGUGGACUUUCCUGUACUAUCAGUCAGUCAUACUCUGGUUAACUUUGCCUUAAUGCUUUUAUAGACCUCACUCUUCAGACACAAAAUCAUGUACAAGCUGAUUUCUCUGGAUGUAAAUGUAUUACUUUGUAUGGCAUGAAAGAUGCUCUUUCCAUUUUGCCUGUUCUGAUUUCCUUUUGAGUGGUGUACAUUGUUGGGAUGGGGUAUGAAUUGGGACAUUUUGUGGUUUGAUUUGUUUUUAUUUUUCACUCACUUAAAAUGCAGACUUCAGUCAGUCUUGUGUUGGCAGAAAUCCUCAUGACCAACCUUUGGGUCCUGAAUGCAGUUUAGUUUUGUUGCUUACUCCUUACUUUUUGAAAAGUAUCCAUUUGGCACUUUUCAGACCACCAAAGAUCACAAAUAUGCAAGAAGUACACCCAUUAUGCAGAUGUUAGUCGCAUUAUUUGGAUAGUGUGCCUUUUUAAAUUUUUCACUCACGAUUAUAGACAGAAGAAUGAAGGAAGAAUCCAAACUCAUUUUAUCAAAACAGCUUCUGUAUUCUUUUAGUGUGGCACUAAACAGGUAGUUUUGAUGAGAUCGAUAUAUUUUUUUCAUCACACGGGGUUCUGCAGGCUUGUGCUAUGAUGUCUUUAAAGAAGCCUGUUCUCAAACCCAAUGGUCAGCCAGACCAGUUUUCUACCUCACAGUGAUGUGUCCUCUGUACAUGUGCGGGUUAGCAGGUCCAGCCCGCCUCUCAGACCAAAUGCCAUGCUCAGGAGCUGGUACAGCCGUUUUACUUUCAGGUCAUUUUAAUACAAGUUUCUUCAGACUUAUUUUCUAUAAUACGUUACUAUUGGGAGAUUGUUUAUGUUGCGUUGCUGCUGCUUUUUUGCGUAUGUGUGGUGGAUUCAAGCUUGUUCAUACUAUUUCAGUUGUCUUGCAGCAGCGUUUCCUCGUUAUUUUUAAAUAACCUAAAUUUCCUUUUAUUGAUGUGAUAUUUCUGUGUAAUACGUGAGACUGAGAAGUGAUACUGUCAUGUAAAGGUUUAUGCUGCUAGUGUUUGAACCAAGUGCCAUAGAGCUGCAGAGGUGCAUCACAGACAAAUUGUUCCUAGUUACCACCAUGUCAAUUUGUCAUUAAGUUAUAAGAGAAAAACAUUGUAAUUUAUGAAGAUUUUUGUACAAAACGCUUGAGGAAAUUCAUAGUGCUAUAUGAAAGUUUAUUGUUUUAUUUCUUUUUUUAAACUUGUGCCACAGAAUUGUCAGUGGCAUUUGUACAGUUUGAGGAAUGUUUCUGGUGUUUUUUUUUCUGUUUUAUAGUGUUUGUUAAAGCCAAAGACUUUUUCAGCAGAUUGUUGCCUAAGGUUUAUUCUGUUCUCUUCUUUGACUUUUUUGAAUUAAACUCAACUAAAAAAAUA